GUCGCACCUACCUCCUUCCAAAUCAAUUUGCGGCUGACACAAUUAUCGACAACACCUAUAAAUUAAAGCUACACCACCAUUCAAUACGAAAGAAAAAUGGGAUCUAUGAGCAAGGUCAACGUCCUCAUGSUGGGAACCGGUGAAUACACCACUGGCUACGUAGGCGGGAAGGCAGCUGAUAGCGACAAGGGUGCCGGUGUCGUAGCACUCACGAUGUUCGAUCUACGUCGCCGUCAAAAGGUCGAUCGCGUGGGAAUGUGUGGGGUUAAUGUACGUCAAUGCAUACGUUCCUAUUGCGACGGUAAUGCAUAAUUCUACUCAUGUAGCUAUGCCAGGGACUGUUUUUAUGUUGUGUGCAAUCAAACUCAUUCAACGUUUUUCUUCAUCAUCUCAGGGCAAAAAAUUCCCGGGAAUUCGCACCCACAUGGAAAGAAACAUCAAAGAUGUAUACAAGGACAUGGAUUUGACCUGUGACACAUUUCCUGCAGAUGAUACAGUGGAUCCCAAAGCUUAUGAGGCUGCCGCUCAAUCCUUCCAGCCCGGAGAUGUGGCCGUUAUCUUCACCCCCGAUGACACACACUUUGAUAUUGCCUUGUCAUGCAUCGAGCGCGGAAUGCACGUCAUGGUCACAAAGCCAAUUGUUCAAACCUUGGAUCAUCACUGGAAAUUGGCCAAGGCGGCCGCGGAAAAGGGUGUCUUGGUCGGCGUCGAAGUUCACAAACGCCUCGAUCCAUUCUACGCCGAUGCCCGAGAUCGAGUCCGAGGUGGCUUGGGUAACUUUCAAUACAUGUACGCAUACAUGAGCCAACCGAAACAUCAACUGGAGACCUUUAAGGCUUGGGCUGGAAAGUCGUCGGAUAUUUCGUAUUAUCUCAACUCGCAUCACAUCGAUUGGAGUGAAUGGACUCUUGCUGGAGUUGCGCGACCUGUUCGGGUGACUGCUACGGGUUCGACCGGAGUGGCCAAGGGUAAGGGUAUGGACACRGAAGAUUCCAUUACGCUGACCGUCCAAUGGCAAAAUAUCAAUGAUAAAACGUUGGGUUGCGCUGUGUAUACUAGUUCGUGGGCGGCCCCAAAGUCAGAUGUCCACAGUCAACAAAGAUUCUUGUAAGUAUCAAAUCACGAAGUUGAAGAAAUGGUUAUUAAUAUGGACUUCAUACCGGCGGUAAGGAAAAAAUCCAGGAAUGCAACGAAGAACUAACAUAAUAUCCACUAUUUUCCCGUUUUUCACAGUUUUAUGGGCACAAAGGGCGAAAUCACCGUUGAUCAAGCUCACAGAGGCGCUUGUGUAUCUACCGAUGCCGCUGGAUACGCAUCCAUGAAUCCUCUUUUUAUGAAGUACACACCCACGAAUGGCAUGUUCUCUGGUCAAGGGUGUUAUGGAGUGAAGUCUUUUGAAAACUUCAUCGAUGCCUGCAGCAAUAUUAAUUCAGGAAGAACCAAACCGUCGGACUAUGACGACGGAUCUCUUGCCACCGUCCACACUACCAUGCAAGGGACAGCAAUUCUUGAGGCGGGACGAAAGAGUCUUGAUGCAGAUGGGCGACCAAUGGAUAUCCAAUACGAAGACGAUGCUAGUAUGGAGCCUACCGGAAUCAAACCUCAUGAAUUCGCGUGAGAGACAGCAAAAACAGGUAUUUUAUUCGAGGUAAAAUUUUGACUUCGAGAUAGUAAUAUAUGAUUAUCAUCAAAAUCAAAUUGGACAAGCAUUACAACGCGCUCCUAAGGGUUGUUAUGUAAACUGAGAUGCCCUGGAGAAUGCUAUCCCUUGCGUAAAAUAAACCAGCGUAGACGAAUCACAAUAAUAAUGUCGAUUUACAACUCUUUUUUAUUCUGCUGAAGUUCUUUUUCAACAAGCUGCAUUUUAAUGCCCGCAAGAAACAGAUUGCUGAUCCGGUAGCUUGUUGCAAAUGUCGCAAGAAGCGACCCUAUCGCGGCGGAGGUGGCGGGGGUGGACCUCUGCCUCUCGGUGGGGGUGGGGGAGCCCGCCGAUUGGCACUGUGUUGAACAGCUCUACCGGGUGGAGGUGGCAUAGAAGGUUUUGGUGGUGCCGGUGGUYCACCACCAGAGUACGGAGCAGAUGGAGGACCUCGUGCCGCAACAGGUGGGCCGGGUGGCUGUCCGUAUGCCGAGGGCGGCGGUCCUUGUUGAGGAGGAGCCUGGCCGUAUUGUUGUUGUGGUGGCGGCGGUCCUCGUCCUGCCAUAGGUGGGCCGGGUGGUUGUCCGUAUGCCGAGGGCGGCGGUCCUGGUUGAGGAGGAGCCUGGCCGUAUUGCUGUUGUGGUGGAGGCGGUCCUCGUCCUGCCAUAGGUGGUCCUGGCUGAGGAGGAGCCUGCCCAUAUUGUUGCUGUGGUGCUGGAGGUCCUCUUCCUCCCAUGGGKUGAGGAGGAGGCGGUUGCCCGUAUGCAGGUUGUGGCGGUCCUGGUUUCGAAGGAGCCUGGCCAUACUGUUGGCGACCAGGAGGUUGUGGUCCGCCUGGAGGACCCCCACGGUGUUGUGCCAUGGGAUCGCGUCCUUGCAUUUGAGGGGCACCUGGAGGAGCUGGUCCACCCGGUGCUCCUGGCCCGGCAUUUGGAUUCAUAACAAAAUUCAUGAAAUCUUCGUAGCUAAAUGUUCCACCCUGGAAAGAAGCCCUAUCUUCAACCAUAAACCAGAAGAAGCGGGCUUCCGCAUGUAGAUCGCCCUCCUUCACAACAAAAAUCUUCGAACUGACAGAAUAUGGAUCUGAUUCAUCCUCUCUCAACGCCGAAAUAAUUGUAGCAAUUCGUU